CUGCUUCGUUGAGACAAACGACGGAACUAGAGCGUCUUGCUGCUUCGUCCUUCGUCCGCUUUCAAUGGUGUCGCUUUGCCUCGCGGGAUUUGUCACGACGAACGCAACAAGUGACUGUCUGGUGCAGCCGUCGUUUGGCUUUUCUUUGUAUCUGAGACUCGGCGUGUUUUCUUGGAGGUCGUACUUAAUUUUGGCCCGCAGCAAUUUUUCCCGGGCAUGAAAUUCGGAGCCCUCGCUGUAUGAGUCGCCUGACAGAAACCCCACGCGUCGCAACUCGCCCUGUUUCGGCCCAUGAAGAGUGAGCCUCCGACAGAAGAUGUAGUUCUGUGACCUUCGUGGCAGCGAACAGGUUAAAUAUGGUUACGCGCGCUUACUGUUAGACGAUAAUAAACAGUGCAGUGAACUUGUGGACGGAAGAACUCGGGAGCUUGUCUUCUGCAAAUAUUUGUUACGGUCCGAGGUUCUCCGAAGGCCACGACGAGUGGCUCACAGUUCAGAGCUGAGUCUCGCGUUACGCGAUUACGAGGAGAGACCCAGGCUGGCUGGCAGCAAGCCCUUUCGAGUCCUGACAUUGCAUUCGAGGGGGCGGUGCCAGCGAAACACCAGCCGGCUACGGGUAGGGGUGUACAAAAACAGAGAGUGGUACGCCUUGCCGUGUUCAGAACAUGCAGAGGUUGGCACCACGAAGUCACGGCGUUUCCGUAGGUCCAACUUAGCGUGCUUAGUUUAGCCACAUCUUUUUCACACUCAGAGUUGUCUUCGCUUUCAGUGCGACGAAAAAGACAUCGGUGUUCGAGGUGACUGAUCCCGAGACGGCUGCCGCGCAUCGCCGAGCAGAUGGCAGCACCGGGAGCCAGGCCUCAGCUCGGUUGGUGGUGGUCAUCGCUCUCCUCGCCACGGCCGUCGUGGCACUGGCAGCGACCGUCGCGGUUCUCACCACAGUCAACAUGAGGGCCGAACAGCGAAUGUUGCAGUCGCAGCGCAGACUGGCAGCCAGCAGCUGCUUGACAGAAGAAUGUGUUAGGUCAGCGGCGCGGAUCCUGGAGAGUGUGGACAGGAGCACAGAUCCGUGCGAAGACUUCUACCAGUUUGCGUGCGGUGGCUGGAUCAGCCAGAAUCCAGUGCCAGAAUCACAGAGUUCGUGGGACCAGUUCAGAGCCCUGCGGGAGCAGCUGCUCGUCCAACUCAGAGGACUUCUGGAAGAGGACGGCUCUGAGGAUGAUGUGAAGCCGGUCCAGCAGGCUAGGAUGCUGUACCGAGUAUGUCUGGACACAGACAAGCUGGAGACCCUGGGCCUUGAGCCGAUGCUCGCUGUGCUGCAGGAAGUUGGAAUCAGUGCCACUAGUGUACCUCCCUCUGGACAGCCCUUCGAUUGGCUGCAGACGGUGGGGCAGGCGCAGAGGCUGCUGGGACUCAAUGUGAUGGUGGGCUUCUGGGUCAGCCAGGACGUGCGCAACACGUCACGCAACCUCAUGGUGGUGGACCAGAUCUCACCCGGCAUCAGCGAGCGCUACCUGCUGGACCCAGCACGCUUCCAGACCGAACUGAGCGAGUACCACAACUACAUCCGUGACAUGGUGCACGUGUUUCAGCGCCACCUGCCCAGCUCCACAGCCCACAAUGCCACACUUUUUGCAGAUGACAUUCUCCACUUCAGCACACAGCUGGCUGCGAUCAUGACACCUGCUGAGGUGCGGCGUGAUACCAAGAACCUCUUUCACGAGAUGUCAGUGUUUGCACUGCAGAACCUCACGGACCUUGGAGAGGAGGACGGCAGCCUCAACAGCAAGCUCAACUGGACAAGGUUCCUGGACUACAUUGUGGACGAUACCAACGUAACACUGGACUAUGACAUUGACCACCUGGUUGUCAUGGACAUCAGUUAUCUUCAGAAGUUAUCAGCAUUGGUGUCUGUCACUGACCAGGACACACUCGAGCGGUUUGUGUGGUGGAGCCUCGUUUCAACCCUAGCUCCACUCACGCUGCAAGAGUUCCGGGAUCUCUCUUUCCGGUUCAGCCAGAAAGUUUUUGGACUACAGCAAAAGACUCCCAGGUGGAAGGGCUGUACUGGGAAUGUGAACUCGAACUUUGGGAUGGCUGUCAGCUACCUCUAUGUGCAGAAACACUUCAACAACGAAUCUAGGGAGAAGGCACUGGAGAUGGUGAAUGACAUCCGGACAGCCUUCGCUGAAAUGGUCAUGGGGUUGGACUGGAUGGAUACUGAAACAAAGGAAAGGACUCUGGAGAAGGCACACGCAAUGAGGCCAUUUAUAGGAUUCCCUGGCUGGCUGCUGACACCUGGCGAGCUGGAAAAGUACUAUGAGGCGGCAGAAGUGGUGGAUGGGCUGCUCUUUGAGACAUACCUAAGGCUGUCCAAGGAAUCUGUUAAGACAGCAGUGCAGGAUCUGCGGAAGACUCCAGACCACGACAGAUGGGUCACGCCUGCCACCACUGUCAAUGCCUUCUACUCACCCAUCCUCAACUCAGUCACAUUUCCUGCUGGAAUUCUUCAACCUCCAUUUUAUGGUUUAGGACUGGAGUCGCUGAACUAUGGAGCCAUUGGAGCCAUUAUGGGGCAUGAACUGACACAUGGAUUUGAUGAUCAGGGUCGACGCUAUGACAAGGACGGGAACCUCAAGCAGUGGUGGACUGAGGACACGCUGCGAGAGUACGAGGAACGUGUACAGUGUAUUGUGCAGCAGUACAAUCAGUACAAUGUGUCGCAGCUUGGCGACAACUUCACAGUGAAUGGCAUCAACACACAGGGAGAGAACAUCGCAGACAACGGUGGCCUCCGUGAGGCACUGCGGGCAUACCGCAAGUUUCAGGACCGAUAUUCAGGCGAGCAGUUGUUACCGGGCCUUACACAGUUCUCUCCUGAACAGCUGUUCUUCCUUGGAUUUGCACAUAUGUGGUGUGGAAAUUCAACACGGGGAGCUCUGAAAUCACGUGUGGUGGAUGGAGUACACAGCCCCAACAGGUUCAGAGUUAUUGGGACUCUCUCCAACUCCAAGGAGUUUGCCAAGGCAUGGGAGUGUCCCGUUGGAAGCCCCAUGAACCCGGAAAAGAAGUGUAUUCUGUGGUGACAGUUCAUCGUCAGACGGAGUCCAAUGGUCACAGAAUGAAACAAACCUCAAAGUUUUGUAAUGCACGGCAAUGGCACUAACUGAUCUUGAGCAGCCGUAGUCAUCGUGAUCAGAUGCGAGCUCGUAAAUCCCUCCUUAUAACAGUUUCAAACAUCUCAAUAAUGGAAGCAAACACCAGCAAGGCAAGGAACCCUGCAUGCGCAGCUACAGCUCUGAAAUGAGGUAUCGAAAAGAUGAGUCGUACUCUUUAAAUUUAAGUUUACUUCUUGCUCAAAAGUGGCACGGUUCAUAUUCAUCGACAGAAUACGGUGGUUUUUGAUUGUGGUCAAGUAUUCUGUCCAGAUUAUACUGCACUAGCAGUUGAUGUGCCCUCUGGUUUACAUCUACUAAACGUCAAUUUUGACAGUGAACAGGUGGUGUAUGCCUCUUUAGUCUUUUUUAUCCCACAUCAGGAAUGGCUUUAUUUUCCGAUAGUUUGAUACUCUUGUUGCAGUCUGAAACAUGGGGUUCAGUAUUACUUGAAUUCAUUGGCAUGGAUCAAAUGUCAGAAAUGUUUCAUGACAGAAGAAAGGGGCAGGGCCACAUGUCAGUAGGCUGUCACAGACUUUCGAUAUAAACCCAAGACUUCCAAAAUAUCUGACAACCUUCCAUGUGCAUUUGCCUCAAGUCAAGACAGAACUUCAGAUUGUUGGUCAUGAAAUUACCAUUGUUUACCUUUGUAUUUACAAAUUAGUGUUAUGUUUGUACUGUGUAGAGUGACAAAAAGUGUAUAAAGUACACAACCUGGUCUUUUGUGAAACAUCAAACAUCGCAUUGGUAAGUCUCAUAGUUCAGCUGUCAUGCCAUUAUAGAAGAUGAUUACAGAGCAAUCAUUCAGCAUCAUCCUACCAUUUUACAUAAUGCAACCUGUGCAGCUGGCCAAUGUCAUCAUAUAAACAAAGAAGAGUACCACAUGAAUUUUAUAAAUGUCUUGAAAUUAGAGAUGAAAAAUACAAUGUUCAGCUCGUACCACAACCACUGGAUGUUCAGACACUAUGUACUGCUGAAAUCAAUUAGAACAGAACUAAGUGUGGUUUCUGAUUUGCCUACCCCAAAAUUCAGUAGUUAUGCAGUUCACCUGAAAAUAUAUUCAUGAUCCUUCUUUUUUCUCAGAAUAAAUAACCAUUCUUCCUUCUUUCCUUUACAUUUGCAAUUUUAAUUUCCAGCAAUAUCAUGUACUUUUUUCAGUGUCAUUAAUUCUGCAAUCAGAGGGUUCUCUGAUAAACAAAAUGUAAUUUAAUAUGUGAACGUGUUGGUGAUUACAUAGUAGUUUUUAAAUAAAUUGCCGUAACUUGGCAGCGUACAAGUCAA